AGUUGAAUACCUACCUACUAUUACCUAUAUAACCUAACUUUAAGUUGUCAGUUGUCAUUCGGCCAAGCGAACUAGGCUUACAUCAGCAUUAUAAGUUAUCAAAAUAUUGUAAACAUCAUCACCCAUCAUGACAGAAUUUAUUGGUUAUUAGACUUAUCGGUAUAUUGUAUAGAAAGUUAUAAAUAAAUCAAAUUUCAAUUCCAAAUAAAGUAGUGAGUCUAAAGUUUGAAGAAAUUCGAAUUUAUUAUAAUUGAACACCAAAGUAAUUAAUUAAACACGUCAUAAGCUUCUCCGAUCUUCAAUGGCAACUAAAUCGCAGGACCCACAGGCUUUCUAUGACAAAUUCAAGGUGGCCAUUGAAGACAUAGCUGAUAAUUUAGAUCCUGACGCAUUUGUGGCUACUGUGAAAUACGCAAAUGUUGAGGCAGAUGUGGGUAACGAACUCACUCCAAAAGAUACCAAAGUACAGCCAAAUGUAGAAUGGAAUGCUAAACCAGACAAAUUCUACACACUUCUUAUGUCAGAUCCCGAUGCACCAAGCAGAAAAGAUCCUCGCUUCAGGGAAUGGCAGCAUUGGCUGAUUGUCAACAUUCCCGGCAAUGAUAUCAGUAAAGGAGAAUCGCUCACUGAUUACAUUGGACCCGGCCCUCCCAAGGGAACUGGUCUCCAUCGCUAUAUUUUCCUCAUCUUUGAACAGCCUGAUAAAAUCAAGUUUGAUGAGCAAUAUAAAGGCGUUUCGGAUAGAGUCCAAAGGAAAAGCUUCAACACAAGGAAAUUCAUCGAUAAAUACAAGCUCGGGCCCAUUAUUGCCGGCAACUAUUUUGAGGCACAAUGGGACUCGAGCGUUGGCUCCUAAUUAGACCCAACAUUUUUCAAAAAUAGCAGUGAAAAAUUGAACAAAAAUACAAGAAACACUGCAAAUAAUAGUCACCAAAAAGCUAGCAACUGCCAAGACAACACUGAAUGUGUUAAAGAUAAACAAAAAAGUAUCAGUGAUGAUGAGAAGUUUGUGAAAAAUUGGAAAACUGAUGAAAAUAAUGAGGACGAAAACAACAAUUUAAAGAUGGUGAUCUUGAGACGAGUGUUGAGAAAAUUAGUGAGAUAGUAAAUCAUAAUGAUAAGGAUAUUGGAGAUAAUGAAAGUAAUGGAGAAACCAAAAAUGAUGGUGAGGUAAACAGCAAUGAAGAUGAAAAAGCUGAUAACAAAAAAGAUGUAACUGAUAUCAAUGAUGAAAAAAUUAUGCAGAAUAUGUGAUGCGUAUUUUUUGUAUUUUAGUAACUUUUGAAGCUUUAAAGUACAUGAUAAAUGUGUAUUUUUCUUGAAAAGUCAUAUAAAAAUGUGAGUUCAUUAUUGAAUAUUAAUACAGUUUCUAAAUUAAA